ACAUCAUAUCCCCUUUUCCCGACGAACAAAAAUAGGUCCUCGUAUUAUCUCUCACUCCCUUUAUAAAUAAAUAAAUAAAAACUCACCUUAUCAGAUAUCAUCAUUUCCUCUGAUUCAACCCCUUAUUUCAAGGUUAUUGAUUUGCGUAAAUUCAAGAUCAAAGCUUCAAGGUUCGAUUAAGAAAACCCACUUUUUUGAUUUUUCAACGAGUGAGGAUCGGUGAAGAAUUUUGGAGUUUUAAAUAAAAUAAAAUAAAUUUAAAAGGGAGGAGCUAUGGAUGCUGAUUCAUGGAGUGCUCGACUUUCCUCAGCUUCUAAGAGAUACCAAUCAGCUCUUCAAUCACGAUCUGAUAUGUUUAUGGGGUUUGAAGAAAUUGAUGGAGAUGAUGAUAUAAGGGAGGAGUUUCCGUGCCCUUUCUGUUCUGAUUAUUUUGAUAUUGUUGGGUUGUGUUGUCACAUUGAUGAUGAGCAUACCAUGGAAUCCAAGAAUGGGGUUUGCCCAAUUUGUGCAAUGAGGGUGAGUGUUGACAUGGUUGCGCAUAUAACACUACAACAUGGAAAUAUAUUCAAGAUGCAGCGCAAGAGGAAAUCACGCAGAGGUGGACCUCAUUCAACCCUUUCUUUAUUGAGGAAAGAGUUGAGAGAAGGGAAUCUACAGUCCCUUUUAGGUGGUUCUUCCUGUAUAGUUUCCUCGUCCAAUUCCACACCUGAUCCGUUAUUGUCUUCAUUCAUUCUACCCAUGGCUGAUGAUCUCACAAGUUCUCAGCCUUCUUUUUUGUCUGAAACAAGUCUGGCCAAGAAAAGCUCGGUUGGGAAUGUUUCAGAACGAAACAAGAAGUCACCUCCCAUGUCAAUUAAGGACAAGGAAGAGAAGGCCAAAAGGAGUGAGUUUGUACACGGGCUGUUGUUGUCUACAAUUCUCGAUGAUAUUUUAUAGAAGUGGAUUCACGCCCGGCUGCUACAGUACUGAAUGCCAGAUUUACAACCAAGAGCCCUGCAAUCUAUGCUUUGUUUGUAGUGAAAAUGGGAAUGUAUCAAACGCAGAGUGUUGAAUAAAAAUGUAGGAAUGAAAGUAAGUUAUGUUGCUUGUGAACUUUAGUUGCUGGAGAGAGACUUUUACUUGCAGUUCAUGAUUAAAUGGUAAAGAAAAAAAAAAGUUCUUUCUAAUA